GAAUUGAUGAGAAAAAUAUCCUAAGACUAGAACAUAAUUAAAUUUUUAACAAGCCCUUUUGUAUUUCAAGUUAAUAAUAGAAGUAUCAGUCCUUAACGAAACUUUCACUCAUUUAAUUAAAUAUCAACAGAAGAAACUUACAAUAAGGUGAAAGAAAUUAAAGAAGCACGACUAACACAAAAGACAAGAGAAUUACAAGAAAAUACUUCAAAGAUUAAUCAUCGACUUGUAAUCUUAAAAUAAAGGCGUAUACUAUUCACGAAAAAGCUUCAGAAUGUAAAUGAUUCUAUUCUAUUAAAAGGUAAGAACUCAGUACCCUAUAUUUUUGCACUCUAUUAUUUUUAGAAAAUUAUAUGGAGCUUUUUCUGUUUAACGCGUAAUUCAUUUGAAUUUACCCAACAAACCACUGAUUUUAACAAUUAUUUAUAUAUAAUUUAAUAAACAGAUUAUUGUGAUUUUUUAUUUAAUACUUUUGUAAAUAUUUUCAACAUGCCCAUAAAUCAUAAAUACUUCAAAGACUUGAAAAAAUUACUCAAUUGA